AUGGCUUUGGCGAACGAGAUUCCAUGGUUCACCCUCCAGGACAUAGACGUGGGCAAGCGGCUCGGCGCCGGCAAGUUCGGCGCGGUGUACGUCGCCCGGGACAGGCGGACAGGCUUCAUCUUCGCUCUAAAGGUGCUGGACAAGGCCCAGCUGAUUAAGCACCGGGUGGAGCACCAACUGCGGCGGGAGAUCGAGAUCCAGUCGCACUGCCGCCAUGCGACCAGGGGGCUGUACAGCUUCUUCCACGAUGAGAAGCGGGUCUACUUGAUGCUUGAGAUGGCACCAGGCGGGGAGCUGUACGCGCUGCUGCAGAGCCGCGGCACCUUCUCCGAGGCGCGCUCCGCAUGGUACUUCAAGCAGAUGGUGGAGGCAAUCCAGUAUUGCCACACCAAGCACAUCAUCCACAGGGACAUCAAGCCAGAGAACAUCCUUAUAGGCCUCCGCGACACGCUCAAGAUCGCGGAGACUUCGGCUGGGCGGUGCACGCACCAUCGUCGCGGCGCGAGACGUUCUGCGGGACCCUCGACUACCUGCCGCCCGAGAUGGUGCACAACAAGAGAUACCACAGCCAAGUCGACAUCUGGGGCCUGGGAGUGUUGUUGUUCGAGUUCCUCGUUGGCAAACCACCGUUCGAGGACAACAGCGAGAAGGGCACCUACAAGAAGAUCAAGUCCGGCACGCCCGUCUUCCCGCCGAACCUCACCAAGGAGGCGAAGGACCUUAUCACGCGCUUGCUGCACAAGAACCCUCGCGAGCGGAUGA